GGGCUGUCGGCCAUGGAUACAGCAGAUCAGCUCAACGUGACUCAAAUGGAAGAGCUGAAGUCUUCCAACUGCUGCGUGACUGCAGACACGGCACACGACGAGAACUUGCUGGAGCUGGACGACAGCACGAAGCUGGUCGGGGUUCAGGUCGUUCUCAUCCUCGCCUACAGCACCAUCAUACUGUUCGGGGUCACUGGCAACUCCCUGGUGAUAUACGUCGUGUACAAGUUUAAAAACCUGCGUACCGUCACCAAUUUCUUCAUCGUGAACUUGGCUGUGGCGGACCUGCUGGUGAACAUGCUGUGCCUGCCCUUCACUCUCGUCAACACGCUGUACGGCGAGUGGAAGUUCGGCCAGGUGUUGUGCUUCAUGCUGCCCUGCGCUCAGGGCAUGGCGGUCCACGUGUCCACCAUCACCAUGAACGUCAUCGCGCUGGACCGCCACAGGAGCAUCGUCUACCACAUGGAGACCAAGAUAUCCAAAGACAUGUGCGCCGUGGUCAUCGCCAUCACGUGGGCCGUCAGCGCCCUGCUGGCCAGCCCGCUCGCCAUCUUCAGGGAGUACGGGACGUUCGAUCUCUCGCCGGACACGUCCAUGCAGGUGUGUACGGAGAAGUGGCCGGGAAGCAGCAUGAACGGAAGCAUCUACAGUAUCGCGGCGUUUCUGGUUCAGUACGGUUUACCCCUGGUUAUCAUUUCCGUCGCCUACAUCCGCAUCUGGAAUAAGCUGAAGAAGACUUCCGGAGGCCGAAAUGACCGCCACCAGCGCAGGAAGAAGACCACGAAGAUGUUGCUGACCAUGGUGGUGGUGUUCGCCGUCAGCUGGCUGCCUUUCUACGCCUUCCAGCUUGCCGUCGACAUCGACAGCACCGUGUUGUACAUGGAGGACUUUAAGCUGCUCUACACCGUGUUUCACAUCAUGGCGAUGUGCUCGACGUUUGUCAAUCCCAUCCUGUACGGGUGGAUGAACAACAACUACAGGACGGCCUUUCUGUCGGUGUGCAAGUGUUACCAGCCCUUCAGUCUGACAUGCUCCAAGCGCAGAGAGACGCAGAAGGUUGAAGACAGGGUUUGCAUGGAUUACAAGUCAACAGAUGUCUAA